AGAUAUGUAUAGUGUUGUGUUUUUAGUGUUUAGAGUGUUAUUCUAAUAUUUCAUACCUGCACAUACUGUGAUAUAGGAUCAUUAUCCUAGAAGUGUACAGAGCAAUUUUGUUGAGGCCCCCAAAACAUGGCAGGUGCUAGGACCUGGUGGAGUUCAGGCGCCCUGAGCUGGAAGCAAAGCCUCACCUCUUGGGGCGUGGGGUGGUGUAAGCGGGUGCAGAAAAGCCAGUUCUUCCACAUGCAGCUGCUUGGACUGCAUUGGGUUCUCCUCACACACCAUUUCCAAGACCUCUGCAGCUUUUGCCCUUGCCUGCUGGACUGAAAGCAUGUUUCUUGCAAAGGCCUUUCUGGAAGGGGCAGAUCGAGGUCUUGGAGGAGCCCUGGGAGGUCUUCUUGGUGGAGGUGGUCAGCGAGGUGGUGGGGGCAGGGGUGGAGGUGGAGGCGGAGGCGGGGGUGGAGGUGGAGGUAAUAUUGGCCGGAUAGUCGGAGGGAUUGUGAAUUUUAUCAGUGAAGCUGCAGCAGCUCAGUAUACUCCAGAACCACCUCCCCCGCAGAAGCACUUCACCCAUGUGGAGGCCCAUGAAAGCGAAGAAGAGAGGCGAUUUCGGCGACAGUUUGAGCAACUGGCCGGUCCAGACCUGGAGGUGGGUGCCACCGACCUGAUGAAUAUUCUCAACAAAGUCGUCUCUAAACACAAGGAGACCCUGAAGACAGACAGCUUCAGCCUUGACACGUGCCGGAGCAUUGUGUCUGUCAUGGACAGUGACACGAACGGGAAGCUGGGCUUUGAAGAAUUCAAGUACCUGUGGAACAACAUUAAGAAGUGGCAGUGUGUGUAUAAGCAGUACGACAAGGAUAGCUCUGGGUGUCUGCGUGGUUCCCAGCUGCGGCAGGCUGUGCAGGCAGCAGGCUUCCAGCUGAACGAGCAGAUCCACGAAAUGAUCGUGCGCCGCUACACUGAUGAGGAUGGCAGUAUGGAUUUUAACAACUUCAUCAGCUGCCUUGUCCGCCUGGACGGCAUGUUUCGUGCCUUCAAGUCGCUGGAUAGAGAUGCCGAUGGUCUGAUCCAGGUGUCUGUGGAAGAGUGGCUGCAGCUGACUAUGUAUUCCUGAAGUGGUGACUGCAAAGUUGAGAACCUCCCAGAGAACAAGGAUGCUCCGUCCACACCGCAGCUGUCACUUUCUGGCGAACUCUGUCACAUCCGUGCAGAUUUCAGAUUGUGGGCCACCUGCUACUGCUUUUAAUUAAAAAACUCUUUUUUCUCAUAAAAGUUGUGCUGAAUGGUUAGUACGUCCUCUUUCUGAGAUACUAGAUUUAUUUACAUAUGUGAUGGGAGGGGGUGCAGGGUUCUAAAGUCAUAGAUGUAAAGAUUGUGAACUCCAUGAAUAAAAAUGUUAUCAUUUCUUUGUUUUGUUUUAAGCAUUGGAAUAAAUUAAGAAAACACUCAGAAGAUAAGUUUUUCCCUGUAAGAGGGUGAAGAGAGAGAUUCAAAGUCCGUUUUUCUCAUAAUUUCACCUCUGGUCUUUCCAUCAUGUAAAAAAAGAAAAAAAGAAAAAGUGCUUUCUAUAAAGAAUGUUUUAGAUAUAUAGAGACAGGUUUAGAAAUGUGAAAUAAAGCACUUUUUGUAUGAGGACAGCAUUUUA